AUGACCAUCUUCAAAGAUCAUCUUGCCAAACCUCAGCUUGACUCUGCGGACACGCAGCAAGCCCAGCCAUGGAUUCACGGCAGAUUGUCUAUCGAGGAGGGCGGGAUCGAGCGAGUUACCGUUGAAGAGCGGCAACACAAUCCCACUAAGUUUUGGAAUGCCGCGACUUUUUGGUUCAGUGCAAAUAUGGCUGUGGCCACCCUCAACAUCGGUUCCUUGGGCGGGACCCUUGGCCUGGCCUUCUGGGACUGCUUCAUCGUGAUUCUCGUUGUCAAUAUCAUCAGUGAUCUGCUCCCUGCAUGGACUGCCACUGUAGGCCUUACAGGUUUACGCAUGACUACAUUUUCACGGUAUUCCUUCGGGUACUGGGGAAAUAUGCUUGUCGUUAUUUUUUCAAUGAUUGCAACGACAGGAUGGAACGCGAUUAACUCAAUCUCGGGUGCCUCAGUGCUCAACGCCUUGUCGAAUGGACAGUUCCCUACCUGGGCCGGAGCCAUCGUCAUCUGCACUUCAGUUUGGGUAAUCUGUGCACUCGGCAUUAGCUGGAUCCACCGUCUAGACACAUAUAUCUGGAUUCCGCCAUUGAUAGUAUGGUGCGUUGCUGCCGGUACUGGGGCAUCUCAGCUCACUGGAGAAGAGAACCCUGAACCGCUCCAAGGUACUGACAAGGCGGCCGCGAUCCUCACCUACAUGGCGACCAUCUUCUCCUUCUCUGUGUCGUGGGUCAACUGCGCGGCUGAUUAUAACGUGCGAAUGCCGCCAAAUACACCACGCUGGAAAAUCUUCAGUGCUACUUAUAUCGGGAUUUUCGUGCCCACCGUGUUGGUUCAGACACUCGGUGCCGCGUUGUAUACCGGCACUGUGAGAAAUACCGUUUGGAAAGAUGCUUACCAGGAGUCUUCUAUUGGAGGCUUGCUCAAGAUGGCUCUCGAACCUGCUGGCGGUUUUGGGAAGUUCCUCAUGGUUCUUGCGGCAUUGAGUGCCAUUCCAAACAAUAUCCCCAACAACUAUUCCUUUGCUCUCCAUACACAGAAUCUAGGCCCAUGGGCUAUGCGCAUUCCUCGGAUGGUUUGGGUCACUUUUGGGUUUGUAGCUGCGAUCAUCAUCGGCUGCUGUGCUGCCAAAUAUUUCCAAGACACUCUUCAAACUUUACUGAGUGUCAUUGGAUAUUGGACAGUUAUCCACAUCACCUUGAUAAUGGAAGAGCAUUUCAUGUUCCGGCGUGGUUGGGCUGGGUAUGACUUCGAUUCUUGGAAUAGUCCGGGUGGUCUGCCAUUCGGAUGGGCGGCAAUCGGGGCCUUUGCGUUUGGAUUUCUGGGGGCUGCCCUCGGCAUGAAAGUGGCCUGGUAUGCUGGGCCAAUUUCUUCACUUAUUGGUAAAAGCGGUGCGAAUAUUGGCCAUGAGUUGACAUUUGCAUUUUCUGGGGUUGUAUUUCCAGUGUUUCGUUGGGUGGAAAAACAUUAUGGAGGGCUGUGA